AUGCGACCAUCCAUACAGGCAAUACUUCCCCAGGGGCAGACAACAUUACUGUCGACCUUCUCAGAGCCGUGUGGCACGUCGUUGGGACGCACAUCCGUCGCUUAUUCGAGAGAUGCCUCAUCGCAAACCAUCACACGCCGUCUAGCAAGGGCCGCCAUCUACUAUAAUGUCCUUCAUCCACAACAGGCGGGCGCUCUCCCCAAAAGGUCGGCAACAGACCUGGUGACCGCCUUGAUCCACGAUAUCGAAGAAGCAUUCGCACGCAACAAGGUGGCCACCCUGGUCACGAUGGAUAUCCAAGGGGCCUUUGACACCGUCAUGCGCAACAGACUGGUCUUGCGUCUUCGUGAACAGGGCUGGCCCGAUCAUCUAGCCAGAUGGGCCGAGUCCUUUAUGAAGGAUCGUUCAGCCCGCGUGAGGUAUCAAGACACCCUCACGCCCUUCGCUCCUCUCCAGUGUGGCCUGCCUCAAGGCUCACCAGUGUCGCCCAUUCUCUUCCUGCUCUACACCGAGCCAAUCUACCGACUAGGCAACCCUCAGGGCCGCUUCGGCUACGCAGACGACACGGCUAUCCUUUCCAUAGGCGACACGAUAGAUGAAACCACGGCCAUAGCCUCCGGCUCUAUCGAUGAGAUGGUUCGCUGGGGUGCGGCCAAUGGCGUCUCGUUCGACCCGAAAAAGACCGAAGUCAUGCACUUCUCCCGCAGCAAACUCAGGACCACGCCGGCUAUACGCCACGGCGAUGUCGAGAAACACCCCGAGUCAGCCCUACGCUGGCUCGGCAUCUGGCUUGACAGCAGGCUGUCGUUCCACGUUCACGUCGAAAAGUGGGCGGCCAAGGCGCAUGCCGUCGCAUAUCAUCUAAGGGGUCUCGCCAACGCGAUACACGGCCCUCUCCCGAGCGCCGUGCGAAGCGCCGUCAUGGCUUGUGUCGAGCCGGUACUACUGCAUGGAUCUGAAGCCUGGUACCCGGGCACCACUAGACCGCGAUGGAGUCAGCCUAACCGAGACACGCCAUCGAGCAGUCAGCAUCUGAUUCAGAGAAUGAACAAGGCCUUACACCAGUCCAUGAGAGCUAUACUGCCCAUCUGGAAAACGACGCCCAUCACCAUCCUCUACCGUGAGAGCGGGAUACCACCCGUCGACCAACUCUUGGAAAAACGGAGAUGGAGAUUCUCGGCGCGGCUCAAAUCACUUGACGACGCCCAUCCUCUUGUGCGGCGAACGCUGCCACCCCGCCAACCUAUCUACCAUGAUCUCAUCAAACGAAGGUAUCAGCAGGCAGAAAGUAGCUUCAGAACACGUCUCCGACGUACAGAUGAGCUUCUUACAUCGUGUACCCGCCCUAAGCUCCUCCAGAAAUGCUUUCAGCAGGAGGAGAUACCACCGUUGCAAACAGCGUCAAAGGAGAAGACAGCGGCGACUUUCCUCCGCUGGGUCAAGUCGCUCGACGCGCUCAACUUGGUCGUGUACUCGGACGGCUCUCUGUCCGAGGAAGGGGUUGCCAGCUACGGCUUCACCAUCCACCAGGACAACUUACCUAUCGUUGACGGAUCAGGUCGCCUCGGACCGGCUGAGGUCUUUGAUGCCGAAGCCAGAGGAGCGUUAGAGGGCCUAAAAGCAGCCCUGAAUCUGCAAGAAUCGGCAACGCAAAGCAUAAGCAUAUGCCUGGACAACCUCGCGGCAGCUUCAUGCUUGCAAGGCACACCAUCCGACUCUUCCCAAGACGUCUUCCUCGAGUUUCAGGCUCUAGCGGCAUCGCAUGGGAACACACACGUACGCUGGGUGCCAGGACAUACUGACAUCCCUGGCAAUGAGCAGGCCGAUCGACUGGCAAAGGCAGCGUCUUCAUUUCCCGAGCCCGAGGGUGCUCGCCCAACACUGGCCUACCUGAGAAGGAUUACAAGACAAAAACCAAAGGACACAUUCGAGGCAUGGUGGACCGCCUCCGCUCCUGAGCAGUAUAAGAGACUCAAUCUCAAGGCGACCACAGGCUGCCCGCCGGAGCUGUCGCUCCCGCGUGCAGCCUUGCACCAUCUGCUGGCAGCGAGGUCCCUUCACGGGGACUUCGCCGCGUAUCACGAGAGGUUCGGCCACGGCGAUGCACGCCUGGUCUGCUCAUGCGGCCGACGCAAAGCACCGGACCACAUCUUCUACUGCCGGAAGGUACCGCCGCGCCAUCGGAUGAGGCUGAGACCCUCACCGAAUGCAGCGGUCAACCUUGCAAUAGGAAGAGACUUCACCAAGUUUGUCGACUUGUCCAAAGACAGCGCGUUCUUUGGAAAGAUCUGUCCUCGCUAUUGA